AUGUCCAAAUAUAAUUUCGUAGGUGAUUUAAAUACAGCUGCACCCAAUCCUGUCUCCAAAGUAAAUGAUAAAGUUUCCGAAUUAGAUGAUAUGGAGAAUGUUUUACUGUCAGAAGACAAAAAGAAUACUGCUGAAAGUCCAAAGAUUUAUUAUUGUACCAGAACUCAUAAACAAAUAUCUCAAGUUGUUAGAGAAUUGAGAAAGACCAAAUACGCAAAUAUGAAAAUGUCGAUUUUGAGUAGUCGUAAACACACGUGUAUCAAUCCAGAAGUUAAUUCCAUGGCAAAUGUUACAGAUGCAUGUCAUAAUUUACUAAUGUCAGGUGUAUGCCCUUAUGAUAUACCACGAAAGAAGUCGGAUCUAUCCCAUGCUAUUAAUAAACUAGAUCGUUCAGGACCAUGGGAUAUUGAAGAUUUAGUUGAAGCGCUUACUCCACUUCCUUCUUGCCCGUAUUAUUGUUCACGAUCAUUAGCGAGAACAGCGGAUAUUAUUUUCUGCCCAUAUGAUUAUCUUCUUGAUCCAUUGAAUCGUGCUUCUACAUCACUUGAAGUUUCUAAUCAUGUUAUUAUUUUGGAUGAAGCACACAAUAUAGAGGAUGCUUCACGUGAAGCCGCUUCAUUUACGCUUACUGAAUAUCAGUUAAAGAAUGCUAGAGAAGAUUUGGAUGGAUUAAGAAAACCAGUUAAGUUACUUCUCUGUUAUAAAAUUAUGUAA